CUUUUCAUAGCUCAGUGCAAUCUUACACCAAAUCCUUCACAACCUGGUCCCAAAUUCUUCAGAAAAAUGGCAGCUAAAAGGUUUUUGGAUGAUUCCGAUCAAGACAAAGACAAACCAAUCGACAAACGCAUGAGAACUACAACUACUAGACCUUCUUUUGCUUCGGUAAUAGGAGAAGUUGUAAUGGUGAAAAACUUGCAGAACCUUUUCUCAGGCUUGGAACCAUUGCUGAGAAGAGUGGUGAGUGAAGAGGUGGAGCGAGUGAUGAGACAUUGUUGUCCACGACCAAUGACUAGGUCCCCUUCAUUGAGACUCCAAGCAUUGGAACAAAUACAACCAUCAAGCCUUCAGCUCAGGUUCAGCAAAAAGCUUUCACUCCCUAUAUUCACAGGUAGCAGGAUAUUGGACAUGGACGAAAAACCCAUCCAUGUGGUUCUUGUUGACAAGAGUAGCGAUCAAAUAAUGGUUCCAACGAGCUUCCAACAUCCCAUCAAGCUAGAAAUUGUGGUGCUUGAUGGAGAUUUCCCUGAUAAGGAGUCAUGGACAAGUGAGGAGUUCAACAGGCACAUAGUGAAGGAGAGAACAGGGAAGAGGCCAUUGCUUGCAGGAGAGCUGAAUCUGACCCUGAGGGAUGGAAUUGCACCCAUUGGGGACAUAGAGUUCACUGAUAAUUCUAGCUGGAUACGUAGUAGGAAGUUCAGAGUCGCCGUGAGAGUGGCUCCGACCGGCAAUAAUCCGAGUCUCAGAAUCCGUGAAGGCAUGACUGACGCUUUUAUUGUUAAGGAUCACCGCGGUGAAUUGUACAAGAAACAUCACCCACCAAUGCUCCAUGAUGAAGUGUGGCGCCUAGAGAAGAUUGGGAAAGAUGGAGCUUUCCACAAAAAAUUGUCCUCAGAGCGAAUAACCACAGUGCAAGACUUUCUCAAGUUAUCUGUUGUUGAUCCACAAAGGCUCAGAAAGAUUUUAGGCAUUGGAAUGUCAGAGAGAAUGUGGGAAGUGACAAUGAAGCAUGCAAAGACUUGCAACAUGGGCAACAAGCUCUACAUCCACCGUGGUCCUCAAUUUACCAUUAUUCUGAAUGGCAUAUGCCAGUUGGUUAAAGCUGAAAUCAAUGGACAAAUCUUUCCAGCUAGAGAACUGAACAACAUGAACAGGAGCUAUAUAGAGAAAUUGGUUAGAGAAGCAUAUGCUAGAUGGAAUAACUUGGAGGAAAUCGAUGGGGUCAUGAAUGAUAAUGUUGCUUUGUUAACCCAAGGUGAAACUGGGGACCAAUUUCCAAACAAUCAUCAAGCAUUGGUAAUGGCAUCAUGCAAUCAGAACGAUUAUUUUGGUGAUAAAUCUGCAGAGGGUGGUAGCUAUGUACCUAGCCAAAGUGCACAAAUAGGGUGCAGCGAAUGGCCAAUGAAUGCAACAUUUGCCGCAGGAUCAUUCAUGAAUGCCAUGCCUUACAGCUUCUCAGAGUCACAAACAGACGGUGACAUAACACCCUCAGGUUCUGGUUCUGGCAUUGAUGGAGCUGCAAGGUGGAAUUAGGAACAUUAGUACUUUGACUUUCAGCUGUAUAUAUAAGUUAGCAGUUGAAGAAUCAAAUUAGGAAGCGACUUCCAGCAUGUUUGAAUUAACUUUUUUUCUCAGAAUCAAUAUGAAACCCAGAAGCUAUGAAGCUUUUUUCCCAUAA